AUGCCCUUGAAUGACCGGCUCAAGGCAAAAAAAAGUCGCAGAUCGAGGACAUAUCGCUUUCCGAACCCACGAUACCGUUACAGCCGUCACUCGACUCCGAGAACGGGGGUGUCCUUCCUCGCAGUCCCCAGCACAUACUACACCGAUCUGCGGCAGCGCCUAUCCCACACUGGCCUGAAACUCGAUGAGGAUAUCGAUGUGUUGGAGAAGCUUCAUAUUCUGGUGGAUUUCGACGAGAAGGGGUAUCUGCUCCAGAUCUUUUCGAAGCAUGUGCUCGAUCGGCCCACAGUCUUUAUCGAGGUGAUCCAACGCAACAACUUUGACGGGUUCGGAGCUGGGAACUUCAAAAGUUUGUUCGAGGCCUUCGAGCGAGAACAGGCACGUAGAGGCAAUCUCUGA